AUGUUGACUGGCUAUCGACUUGCCACGACGUCAAUUCAUGGCCCGCAGUUCGGCAUCCGCAAGACCAGCGAAGCUAACCUUCGCAACAGCGCCUUCAUCGCCGGCGGCAUUGCCGCCUGCGGCGCUGUAACGGCCACGCAUCCCUUCGAGACUGUCAAGAUCCGAAUGCAGUUGCAAGGAGAAUUGAAGGACAAGGGACACCAGCCGCAUCAGUACAGAGGCCCUCUGCAGGGUGUCUCUGUUAUCGUGCGCAAUGAGGGCGUGAAAGGAAUCUACCGCGGUAUCGGCUGCGCAUACAUCUACCAGGUCCUGCUGAACGGAUGUCGUCUUGGAUUCUACGAGCCUAUGCGCGAAACCCUGUCGACUCUUAUCUUCAAGGACGGCAAGACACAAAGCCUCGGCAUCAACAUGGCUUGCGGUGCUGGAUCAGGCAUCAUGGGUGCCGCCGCCGGCAGCCCUUUCUUCCUUGUGAAGACACGGUUACAGAGCUACUCUCCCUUCAUGCCCACCGGCACACAACACAAGUACCGCAAUGCCUGGAACGGUAUGACCUCAAUCUACGGCGCCGAAGGCAUUCGGGGACUCUACCGUGGUGUUGGUGCGGCCAUGAUCAGAACGGGUUUCGGUAGCUCCGUGCAACUUCCUACCUACUUCUUCGCCAAGCGGAGACUGGUCCGCCACUUGGGUAUGGAAGAGGGUCUGCCUCUGCACCUUGCUAGCAGUACCGUCAGUGGUUUCGUCGUUUGCUGCGUGAUGCAUCCUCCUGACACCAUCAUGUCUCGCCUGUACAACCAAAACGGAAACCUGUACAAGGGCGUCUUUGACUGCCUGGCCAAGACUGUCCGCACUGAAGGCUUCUUGGCUAUUUACAAGGGUUUCCUGCCUCACUUGGCUAGAAUCCUCCCCCACACCAUCCUUACCCUGACCCUAGCGGAACAGACAAACAAGCUGAUGAGGAAGCUUGAAGACCGCAUCCUGCCUUCGGCUACCAUCCAAACCCCAUGA